GUCACGGUUUACCUACAAGGAAGUGUCGGCCGUGUGUUAGCAUCAUGCUCAUUGAUGUGCUGUGCGCUAAUAAUCACCAAAAUAUCAAUCAGACAGCGAUUAAUAGUCGAAUAUUCGUCGUGCCGUCAUUUUAAAAUGAAGUAACGUUUACCUGAAGGGAAUAAAGGAGAGGAGGUGGAGAAGUGUUCAGAAGCUGAAAAUGAGGCGUCUAUCCCGAAAGAAAGCCCUGAGCCUGGUGAGGGAGCUGGAUGCUUUCCCCAAAGUGUCAGAAAGCUACGUGGAGACGUCAGCCACUGGAGGAACAGUGUCACUGAUAGCGUUUAGUGCCAUUGCACUUCUGGCUCUCCUGGAGUUCUUUGUGUAUCAGGAUACAUGGAUGAAGUAUGAAUAUGAAGUUGACAAGGAUUUUUCCAGUAAAUUAAGAGUCAAUGUCGACAUCACUGUGGCCAUGAAAUGCCAGCAUGUUGGAGCAGACAUCCUGGACCUGGCUGAGACCAUGAUCACCUCCAAUGGCUUCCAGUACGAGCCUGUGACCUUUGAUCUGUCCCCACAACAGAGACUCUGGCAGAGAACGUUGCUUCUCAUACAGAGCAGGCUGAAAGAGGAACAUGCACUCCAGGAGGUCCUAUACAAAACUGUCCUCAAAGGGGGACCCACUGCUGCUCCACUACGGGGAGAUGCUUCUUUGCAGGUGCUUAAUGGUUGCAGGAUUCAUGGACACGUCUAUGUUAACAAAGUGGCUGGAAACUUGCACAUCACAGUUGGAAAACCCAUUCAUCAUCCUCAGGGCCACGCCCACAUUGCAGCUUUUGUGAGUCAUGAAACGUAUAACUUCUCCCAUCGAAUCGACCACUUAUCUUUUGGGGAGGAGGUACCGGGCAUCAUCAAUCCUCUGGACGGCACAGAGAAAAUCACUUAUCACAACAACCAGAUGUUCCAGUAUUUCAUCACCGUGGUGCCCACCAAACUGAACACACACAAGAUAUAUGCAGACACACAUCAGUUUUCAGUGACUGAGCGGGAGCGGGUGAUAAAUCACGCGGCAGGCAGCCACGGUGUGUCCGGCGUCUUUGUGAAGUACGACACCAGCUCUCUGAUGGUGACCGUCAGCGAGCAGCACAUGCCGCUGUGGCAGUUUCUGGUGCGGCUGUGCGGCAUCGUUGGGGGGAUUUUCUCCACAACAGGCAUGCUCCACAGACUUGUUAGCUUUGGUUUCGAUGUCGUCUGCUGUCGCUUUAGCCUGGGAGUCUACAGACCCAGAGAGGCUAUGGACCUGCACAACCAGCUGAACAAUCACACCCCUCUGUUGGCCGAAAACGCCCAAGACGAGGAGUAGCUGCUUUUCAACAGCCCGAGUUGUGACUCGUGACCGUCGUCAAACAGCUGAUUGUGUUCUGAUUUAACGAGGCCACCUGAAGAACCAAAAGAACACGUGAGCUGCCAUUUCUCAUUCUCCUGGAACAGACGGU